GCGAAAGCAACGCGUUAGAUCUGCUUAUGUCAUAAUUCCUCUCCAUCACUUCUUGAUCAGGUGUAUGUUUCAAAUCGGAGCCACUGACUUUGAUCACCACUGAACCCGUACUCGCGUUAAACUAGGUACGUAGCUGCUUGUCGGGUUUAGCCCUUCUUCCGUCUCAUCCGAACGGAGAAUUUACACCCCCAUGUCGACUCCUGCGACACCGAACGGCAGCACCCGCAACGCAGGCUCCGUAACAUCAGGCAGAAUCUCGAAGAACCCGAAAGCUUGCGAAGAAUGUCACCGUCGCAAACAGAAGUGUGACGGAAGAACGCCGUGCAGUGUGUGCACUAGGCGGAACAGCCGAUGCUCGUACCGAUCGUACAUUCGACAACGGGUGGGGCGUGCGUCUUUGACGAAUCGAGAUGCUCAGGUAACACAUAACACUGAUGAACCAUGUGACCAUGGAAUACGAGGUGCCGUUAUUGCUCCUAGUACUGGAGACCGCGGUCCAGCUCUAGAUGGUCUUCCUCGCUCAAUGCCGCCUCGUCUGGCAAUCUUCAACAACAUUCGAGCCACACAGAAUACAUCACGGGGAAGGACUGAGUUGUUCUAUGGGGCAUCAUCGCCAUUCUCUGUCCUGCAGCACCUCGAUGCUCACCUUCCGAUGCAAGGAACUCCUGCUGUGUACCCUAGUCCUGAUGGCGAAGAAGUCCAAAACGGUGAUCGGAGCAUCAAGAGUUAGAACUAUCAGCCCAUUGUCUUUGAUAACUUGCCUGAUCCUGUCACAUAUGUUAACG